CAUUUUAACCAUUAAUUUUGUUCUUUAAGUGUUAUGUGAUUCAUUAUUUAAGUUCUGAUUAUGGUUGAAAAUUAUUAUUAUAGCACAUGGUUACAUGAAAUAUGACAUGAUAGUUUAUAUGAAAUUCCAAACGGGUUAGGUUUUUAUUUACAAGUUUUUUCUAAUUACUAAUGACUGGACUAAUCUGUCUCAUACUAAUUAAUUACUUCUUAGUUUGAUUUAAUCAUCAAUUUCAGUUUAUGAAAGUACAAUGGCUGCAUUACAUAAUGGUCAGAAGAUAUUUUUGAUUGUUAAUUAUAGCGUGGAGCGGCUUUUUGUGGAUUUUAUUUGAGUUAGAGACUUGAUUAGUUAUUGUUUAGAAAGUUAGUUUUCGCUUUGCUGUAUCAAAACUAAAAUCAAAUGUAGGAUAAUGGCGGAUAGUGAUGGAUAUGAUAGUGAUGGAUAUGACAGUGUUGGUUAUGACGAUGACAAUGGGGAUGAUUAUUAUGGAGGAUCCGAUGAAGGGGAUGAUUGUUAUGGUGGGUCCGAUGAAGGGGAUGAUUGUCCGGGAGGAUCAGAUGAUGGGGAUGAUUGUCAUGGAGGGUCCGUUGAUGGGGAUGAUUGUCAGGAAGGGUCCGAUGAUGGGGAUGAUUGUCAUGGAGGGUCCGAUGAUGGGGAUGAUUGUCAUGGAAGAUUUGAUGAUGGGGAUGAUUGUCAUGGAGGAUCCGUUGAUGGGGAUAAUUGUCAUGGAGGAUUCAAUGAUGGGGAUGAUUGUCAUGGAGGAUCCGUUGAUGGGAAUGAUUGUCAUGGAGGAUCCGUUGAUGGGAAUGAUUGUCAUGGAGGAUCCGAAGUCGGAGAAGAGAGUAACGGAGAAUUUGAUUUUGAUGAAGAAUAUGUUGAGGGUUUUGAUUCUGAAGCAGAAUCACACGAGGGAUCUGAUGUUGAAGUAGAUUUUUCUCCAUCAAACACAGGCUAUUCCAAGGUUAUGCCAAAUGCCCACGGGUGGUGCUCAAAAGCUACCGGCAAUGACAUAAUUCCGAGGCAGUCCUAUAAUGAAGAAUGCACUACAAGGAAUAAAAUAUUCGAAAAAGAGACUGGUUCUUACGAGCAGACAACAAAGAAAGAUAGCUAUUCCAGUGGUGAUGUAUACAAGGAGAGAUCGAGUGGAAGAACCGGAUACAAGGAUGAGUACAAGACUACCACAACGUUCAAGGCUGGGGACAAAAGUGGCUAUUCUGAGUACCCGAGGGAAGAAAGGUACCGUAGGGUCGAUUACGGCAAUAACUACAUCAAUGGAAAAUACUUGAAGUAGUUUCUCUUUAUAUGUCAAGUAUUUUUUUAUGGGUAUUUAGGUCUAAAUUUCCAAGUUAGGUAGUUUGCUAAUUUCUAUUGUUAUGUAGAACAGUUAGCUUAUAUGAGAAAAUGUUCAUAAGUUUUAUAAGGUUUUA